UCGUUGGGGUUUCCUACUUUCACUUUCGUUUUUAUAUUGAUAAUGGAAAAGGCCCGAAGAUAUCCGGUUUUACAAUCGUCCAGCUACUGAGAGGAAUUUAUUUAGCAAACACGGAACCCGGGAUGGACAAAACUACUGCAGUUACAGAUGAAGAAAUUAUUGAAGCAAUUAAUGAAUGGCCAGUCACUGACAAUUAUGAAGACAUGUACACAUCUCCAACAAGCAGGGUUCAUAAUCCAGCGUCUGUGUCCAGCUUUUUCUUAAGAAAUGUAGGAAAAGUGAAAAAGGUCACAGAGAAACCUGUUUAUGAUGGGGCAGAAGAAGAUAUGGCUGAUGUUGCAAUGGCUAAAUGGUGGAGAAAAACUGGCAAGAACUUGAUAGAUCCAGAUACAGUUCCAAACAGUGAUAAUCCAAAUACUAUCAUUAACUUUACAUUAGGAACAAGUGAAGGAUUACAGUUUAUAAGGAGUGAGAUAUCUCGAUUAAGAGACAAGAUAUCUGAUGGGUGUAAGAGUGGGAAUGUUUCCUCGGCCUUGUCUUCAUACUAUGAGAAAAUAGGAAAUCUCAGUCUUGCUAUAAUGCAUUUAGAAUCUGCUAGAGACAAAAAACCACAAGACAAAGAGAUAGAGUGGCGUUUAAAGCGUAUAAAGAGAGCGAAACAUUACAGACAACAGCAGGAGGAAGCUCUGUGUAGAUUUGACUACAGUUCCUCUUCAGCACUAUCAUUACCAGCAACUAAACAGGUGGAAAGGGUGUCUGCAGAUAAUUUGUCAUAUAAGGAUUUUUUCUACAAAUAUGCUUUAACAAGUACCCCAGUUGUGAUAACAGGUCUAGUGAAUGAUAUGACAACUGUACCCUGGACACUAGAACAUAUAGCAGAUAUUGCUGGUGACUGUUCAGUUACUCUAAAGAAAUUUGUGAAGGACUCUGUGCAAUGGGCUCGUCUAGAAGAUGCAACAACAAUGAAAGUAAAGGAAUUUAUAUCUAGUCUCCAAGACAACCACAAUAAUCUUUACUUGUUUGAUUGGAAUAUACCUUUACAUUGUCAACAGUUAGCAGCAGAAUUAAAAAUACCCAAAUAUUUUGCAGGGGAUUUUCUGCAGCGUACUACUCAGGGUUCUCUGUAUAAAGACAGUUGGCCAAGUCUAUUUAUAGCACCACAGGGAUUGGUUAGUGAACUUCAUAUGGAUGCAUUUGGUUCUAACUUUUGGAUGGCUCUAUUUACAGGGAGUAAAAGAUGGGUAUUUUUUGACAAGGAGGAUGUGGCAUUAUUGUAUCCAGUGUUUGGUAAUCCUUGGUCAACAGAUCCAAUAUUUGAGGUUGACCUGCAGAAACCUGAACUCAAACACCACCCACUUCUGUCCUUAACUCAACCUAUAGAAUGUAUACUUCAGCCAGGGGAACUGUUAUUUGUACCAGCUGGCUGUCCACAUAGAGUGGAGAAUCUUGAAACUUCUCUUGCAAUCUCAGGAAAUUAUGUUGACCUCUCGAACUUUGACCUUGUUAAAGAGGAAUUAAAGGUUACAUCAUUAAUUGAUGAAAGGUCAUCUGAACUUCUCAAGCAGUUUAGUGAUCCAGAUUUUAAAUCAAACAUGUCUAGUGACAUUGAUCAUUUAUGUUGGGAAAAGUUUAAGAGCUGGACGGCAGAAGAUUAUGAAAAAUUUGAUAUUACACCAGAAAUUGUUCAAACAGAAAGAGACAGGUUGUUGAAUAAAUGAUUUUAUAUAUA